ACCAACAUGACUCCUUCCAAACUGCUGCAGUCGGUCAUAGUCACCACACUGCGCUUCAAAGCGGCUCUGUCUAGUAGUUAGGCAGCACUUUUGUGCCCGUUACAAUUGUGUAUUUGCUACAAACUUUGACUUGACUCUUGACUUGACCCAGGUUGUGAGAUGGCGUACCAGAACCGAGGGUACCACCAUGACUCCUACAGUGGGGACGACUAUGAGCAUGAUUACGCCCAGCCAGACUAUCCGCAGCACGGACCAGCAGUGGAGUCCAUCCCCAUGGGCCACAUGAACCAAGGUUAUGAGGAUGACUACGACAGGAGAUCAAGAGGUGACAGACACACCGUGAACGACGUCCGCGUAGAUGUGGACAGACGAGGCUCUUACACAGAUGCAGACUAUGAUGAUGAUGAUGAAGAAUACUGGAGGAACAGAUACAGGGAGGAGUAUGGGGGAGGCAGAGGGGGGAACAUCGCCGAUCAGCUCCCCAGCAAAAGGAUCGGUACGUUGGGGCGGUCGUACGCUCACGUGGCGGCCAGCAUGUCGGAGGACCAGGUCCUGCGGAAAAGGUCCAGCAUGAGGCGGCGGAAGUCGCGACACCAAACCGUGAGGGCGGGGCCGUCCGCGCACGAGGCCGUGAUGAGUCCGACCGCGUACAUCGCGGAUGAGAUCAUUGCAGACGAAGACCUGAUGGAGGAUACAGAGGCCGCGAGGCUGCGUCGGGAAGAAGCCAUCAAGGGGAUGGCGUCGGGCAUGUCUGCCAAGCGAAAAGUCAGGGACCGAGUAGAGAGAGAGUCAAACAAGAGGAAGAUGAAGAAAGUGGGAACGUGCACGAUAUGGUGUUCAAACCUGACCUAUGCAUGGCGACACUUCUUAAGCAAGAUUGCCGAGCUUCGCUACAUCUUCGUCUUGUGGCGCAGCCAUCUUAAGAAGAUCGAGGGGUUCUUCGGCACGGGCAUCCUGUCUUACUUCAUCUUCUUGAAGACACUUUUCCUGCUUAACGUGCCGCUGUUCGUCCUGAGCUUCUGUUUCAUCACGAUUCCUCAGCUGGUGUACCAGCCCAGCCCUACCGUUAACAACGCCAGCUUCACCGGGAUUGAGCUGCUCACUGGGGCUGGUUGGUUUGAGAACACAGAGCUGUACUACGGCUACUACACCAACACCACCAUAGUGAUGAAUCCACCCCUGCAGUAUAACAUGCAGCUGGCUUACCUGUGUGCGGGAGGGGGGUACUUUCUGCUGUGCCUCAUCAUACUGGUACACAGAAUGUCUAAGUCUUUCCGGACCAACUAUGUCGAGGCGAGCUUCGUGAAGAGCCAGUUUGUGGCCAAGAUUUUCACAUGCUGGGACUUUGGCAUCACAGAAAAGGAAGCGGCCAAGCUGAGGCACAAAAGUGUCUACACGGAGAUUGUGGAGCUCCUUGCGGAGACACACAAGCAGGCUCAGGAGUUGACCGGGGGACAGCGGUGCUGCCGCGUGCUGACGCGGCUCUGUACCUGGCUGCUGUACUUCGCUAUGCUCGGCGGGUCCUGCUACCUGGUCUUCUUCAUCGCAGAGAGGCUGAACCAGGACAUCAUCAAACUCAUCAGUGAUAACCUGGCAGCCGGAAGUGCGACCACUGCCCUGACCCUCCUGGUGAUGCCUCUCUGCAUCUCAGCCAUCAACUUCCUCCUGCCCUUUGCCUUCAGCAUCCUGGGGAGUCUGGAGAAGUACAAGUACCCUCGGCACGAGUUGUACAUCAGCAUCUUCAGAACCAUCCUGCUGAAGUGGGCCAUCCUGGGUGUGCUGCUCUGGUUCUGGUUCAACAAAAUCAGCAGGUCCUCCAGUGACCUGGCCUGUUGGGAGACGUAUGUAGGCCAGGAGAUCUACCGCCUGGUGCUGGUGGAUUUUGUGUUCCUCCUGCUGACCACCUUCAUCUCCGAGUUCAUCAGGAACUUGUUUACUCAGUGCUGCUGUAAGAACCUGGGGAAGCCGGAGUUCGACAUCGCUCGCAACGUUCUGGAUCUCAUCUAUGCACAGGGGCUCUGCUGGUUGGGGGCAUUCUUCUCUCCGCUGCUGCCAGUCAUCUGCAUGUUCAAACUUUUCGUCUUCUUCUACGUCAAAAGGAUCAGUGUGGUGAUGAACUGCCGUGCGUCCAGUAAGGCGUGGCGGGCGGCCCAGGCCACCACCAUCUUCCUCAGCAUCCUCCUCCUCACCUUCUUCAUUGCACUGGCUGCCGUGGGAUACAGCAUCUUCGCGAUCAAGCCCUCAGAAGAUUGUGGACCAUUCAGGGGCCUGGCUAACAGCUACCAGUCAGUCCUGAACCUGUUGGAAACGUGGCAGGGGCAGGCAAACCUGAGCUGGAUCAAAACCGUGGUGGACAUCAUCGGGUCUGGGUACUGCAGGGCAUUCGUACUGUGCAUCUUAUGCCUCCUGGUGUACUACUAUGCAAAGGUGUCGGCCAGCCACAAGAUUCUGGUGGAGCGUCUCAAACACCAGAUCUCAGAGGAAGGGAAAGAUAAGCAGUUCCUACUGAAGAUGCUCCAAGACGCCUCCCCUAAGAAGACCGGAUCCCAGAAUCCCGACAGGAAGUCGGCAAGUCCACAGAGACCAACGUCGUCGGGGGCGACGCCCGCCAACCAGACGGGCUCCCCAGCAAAGUCACCUGACCAGGGGGGCAAGGAUGCGUUCGCCAUGGCGAUGGCUGCCAGGCAACAGCACGAGGCUGUCGGAGUCCCGCCCAAGGAUUAUUGAAAGGGACCAAACUGAUUGGUCGAAAAAAAGAGGUUUCCAGUAAAACUUCAAAACUGUCCUGUGCCAAAAUUAAUUAUUGAAGGAUAUGGGGAAAGUAAAGAUUAUAGACACAAUGAUAAAUGUUAGACAUUCAGGUAACGAGACACACUAAAUAAUGUUUACUCAAGCAACUUGAUAUUAAAUGAUUUUGGAAACGAUCAGACAUUUCACUGAGUUACUGAGGACAGCGGGUAUGCAUGCUGUCUGAAACAUCUGACCGUUUCCCAAGCCAUGUCCAGUUACUUGAGUAACUGCGCAUGCUAUAAAGAUAGACUUUGCAAAAUCAAGUUUAUGUGGCAGCAGGCUCUGAAACAGUGAUUUUAGAAUUUUCCGCCUCAAAAGCUAGGACAAAAUUUUGCAAUUGUUGUCAUUUGUAAAGGAAAACAUUUAAUUAAUUUUCCAAGGACCAAGAGAUUGGGUUGUGAUGACUACAGACAAACUACAUUUGUAUAGAGUUCAUGUAGGACCUUUUCUCCAAAAGAUUGAUUUUAGAAUUUCCAGUCAUACCUUUUCAACAAAAAAUUUGCAAUCAAAUGUUGUCAUUUGUAAAGAGGAACAUUUAUACAUUUUCUAAUUGUACAUUUUAUCAUUCAUAAUUGUGGAAAAUCCCACCCAAAUAUGCAUUUUUGAUACCGAAAUGUUGAGAAAUAACAUUUUCCUCAGAAAGUGAAAUGCAGGAAUGUUGGUGCAUCUCAGGAAAGUUGGUGGUUUGAAAAGCAAUAUGACAUUAUUCUGUGGAAGUACCACCUGCAGUGCCAUUGAAAUAUGCCAGAGGGCGAUGUUAGUAUGUGCCAUGAAUCCCUGAGAAUUAUAUAAAUUAUGUGCAAACAAAAAAUGACUUACAUGUAAAUCCUACCACCCAAAUUUGGGUUUAGUUUUUAAAAUGA